UCACACGCACCCUUCAUUCGGAUUCUACACUGAUCUCUGCGUAAUUCUGCGACGAAAGUGCUAGGGUGACCAUGUCCGUCAUCCUCCCCACCAAGUCUUCAGAACAAGGCUUCUCAAUAUCAAACCUCAUCUCGCGCUUCCGAUCCAAAAAGAGCAGUAAAACCACAGGCUCCAAAGACCAUCCACAGCCCACAACAAGUCAAGAAUCUCGCCCGCCCUUGAUCCCCUCUCCCCUCCCCCUAGUCCUCCCAGAACACCAACAGACCCUCCCACCCCUCGGCUGGACAACAAUAACAUUCCCGCAACCCUCAUCAGUCCCAGACGCCCCUGGCCCACACCCUCUCCAGACCGCAUAUGAGGAUCUCUUCGCCGCCAGCCAAGCCUUCUUCAACUUACCCGACGCAACAAAAGCGCAAUGGAAGCACAAACUCGGCUCCGAAGAAGGCUGGUCCAGCAUUCCCGGCGAGAAAGAAUUCAUCACCCUGCGCAGCCUGGAGUAUUGUCCUGACAUCCUCCUCGGGCCGGCGAAGAGGUAUUGGGAUUUGAUGGGCGCGUAUCUCACAUCCACUCUAUCGCGUGUUGAAACGAGUCUGGCGCAGCAGACGGAUAGUUUGACGCGCUUCGUUGGCCCGUGUGCAGUUUUGCAGGCGACGGAUGCGGCGAAGACGGCGACGAUGUUGAGGUUGUUUCGGUACGAGGGGUGGGAGGAGAAGGUUGUUGCGGAGGCGCAUAGUGAUUUGGGAUUGUUGAGCGUUGUGGUGGGAAACGUACCGGGGUUAGAAGUUUGGGACGGCAAGGGCUGGUUCGACGUUGAGCGCGAGGUGCAAAGAGCGGGAAUGCAGGGUGCGAGUAUGCUCGUUGGCCGACAGUUGGAGAGGCUGAGUAAUGGGAGAUAUGCGGCGGGCGGGCAUAGGGUUGUGAGUUAUGGUGCACCGGCACCUACAAAUGGUGACAUGGAGAAGAGGUAUCGGUACAGCAUUGUGUUUGUGCUGAGGGCGCAUGAGCCGGUUGUUAUUGAGUCUGAGGAGUUAGAGACGGAGGUUACGGGGAAGUGGGAGAAGCCGUUGAGCGGGGUGACGGCGGGAAAGAUGUAUGAAGAAAUUCGAGGGAAGCAUUUUAAUAUUAAUAUUGGGGUGGAGGAGAGGGAGAAGCAGAGGAGGAAGAUACAGGAGGAAAAGGAGAAGGGCGCAAAGAACACCUAGAACCAACUAUACAUCCUUAUACAAUUGUUGUUUGUCGA